AUGUGCUCAUAAAUGUGUGUUGAACCAACUUAUCCGUGGAUGGAACAAACCUGUAAUAUCGGCUGCUUCCAGCAAGAACGAAAUUUACAGGGACGGUCGAGUUUCGUCGAUGAGAGAUAAUUUUUCAUUUCCCAAGAUCACCGUUACUGACCGCUACGAAAAAGUGUUCUCGUCACGGAGUUUUUUUAAAAACCCAGUUCUUCCGCCCCGCAGUGUAGGUUAUAUUUAUGUACACACGUGUUUCGGCUAUGUUUUCGAACAGUAACAAUCCAUGUUGUAAUUGAAGUUACGAAAAUGGCAUUGAGACAAAAGAAGCCAACUUUGGCGGAGAAGAUUAGUAGUUUAGUAACUGCGGCACCUACGGUGUUCGGUUCUGACGAUGAGAACGAAGAAACAAAGGCUAAAGUUGUUGAACAUUACGACGAAACAGAGUCCGAAGAAGAUGCCGGAGUAUCAUCAACGUUCAGGAAACGAAACGUUGAUCUUCUAGAUGAGAUUGAUAAAAGAUAUAAAGGAAAAAAAGUAUCGCGAAAAGACAUUUACGAAUCUGAGGACGACAGUGUGGGGAGCGAAAUUGACAAUGAUGAAUCAGAAAAUUCUAACGAUGAAAGUAGCAAGGACACAAAAUCUGAAGAAGAAGAAAUGGAUGAGGAAGAAAGUGAUUCUGGCAGCGAAGGGUUUGAAUCCGAUGGAGCUGAUGAUUCAGAGAUUGACGAAGAUAAUCCCUUGCGCCGCGAUAGGGUGGGAGAGGCAAAUUUCAAGGAAAUAAUCCCAACUAAUGUCCGUGCAGAAGUAGCGAAAGGCAACUGUGUUAGAGAGCAGCUGAAGAUUUGGGAAAAUCUCCUUGAAAUGAGGAUAAAGCUACAAAAAUGUUUGAUAACGAGUAACAAAAUGCCGCAGCAUGAUGUCCAUGCACAAUUGAGAAGUAACAAUCGUUUCAAAAAAGAUGUCAAUGAUGGAACAACCAAACUUAGUUCACUACUGGACAAUUUGCUGGAACUACAGAAUAAUCUCUUGGGUAAUUAUCCAGAAACUAAAACUCUGAAAACUGGUGAAAAAAGAAAAGCAGAUGAAAUAGCAGAAGCUGAGGAUAUGGACGAAGAAAUUUGCUCCGACACUGAAGACGAAAUGGGAGAAGAAAACACAAACGAAAAUUCAUCAGACGGAGGGAACGAGGUGGAGGAAACUGUGCCGCAGCAGAAAAAAAAGAAAAAAAGUCUUGAGGAAUACGAGAAACUGAUAGCUCAAAAUCAUCGAAUUUAUCGUGACUACAGAAAUUCCGUAAUUCAAAAAUGGAACGAUAAAACUCGCGUGGCGAGUGGAAAUUUGAACAAAAGUUCCAGUCAAGCUAUAGUCAAACAAAUCGAUUUUGUACUUGGCGAUAAAGCCAAAUUGGUCAAAAGGACGCAACUUAAAAGAUCUGAAUACGAUAUUCUGGGUAAAGAAUUCCCACAUGACGAAGACGGCAGAAGAACUCAAGAAUACGAUUCAGAGAUCUAUGACGACGACGAUUUCUAUCAUCAACUCCUGCGCGAAUUGAUAGAGUAUAAAUCCUCCGAUGUCACAGAUCCUGUGCAACUGAGUAAGCAAUGGAUAGCUCUGCAGAAUAUGAGAAGUAAAAUGAAAAGAAAAAUUGAUACGAGAGCAACCAAGGGACGCCGUUUACGUUACGAUGUUCAUUCGAAAUUAGUCAAUUUUAUGGCUCCCAUCAACUCCAACGACAACUGGUCCGACUUGGCUAAAAACGAAUUAUACAAUUCGCUCUUUGGUAAAAUCAAAUCCACCGAUAUAGAAACAACCGUUAGUAAAGAAUCUGACAUGUAAUGUGUUUUAACAUAAGUCCGAUAUUUGUAUUACCAAGAGACUUGUAAAUAAUAAUUGUAUUAGGUAAAAGCAAAUAAAUAAUAUGUUUGUGUCGAA